UUUGUGUAAUGUGUGAUGUGUGUGCCACAGCCUUUUAGUUAGGGGAGCAGCCAUCUUGUAUUUAUUUUGGCAACAUUUAGCAUUGAAGAGAUUUGUUGCUGUAUUAAAAAGAGUUUCUAGUCAUUGACAAUUUUUUAAAAAUAAUAAAUAUAGUAGUACAAUGAAUAACAGUGCCGACUACUAGUAAAGAGACGAUUAAACCGUAAAAAUGACACAGUUUUUACCUCCUAAUUUAUUGGCGUUGUUUGCACCACGCGAUCCCGUUCCAUAUUUACCUCCAGUUGCUAAAUUACCACAUGAGAAGAAAAAUCGGGGUUAUUUGGGUGUAGGAGCUUUUCUAGAUCAGUUUGAGGAUCCUAAAGACACUCCGCCUCCUACAAGAGUUGAAACCAGAGAAGAAAGAUUGGAGAGACGCCGCAGAGAAAGAGCAGAACAAGUCGCAUAUAAAUUGGAACAGGAAAUAGCAGUUUGGGAUCCUGCCUCAGCACCUAAUAUUACUGUAGAUCCUUUUAAAACACUUUUUGUAGCAAGGAUUAAUUAUGAUACAUCAGAGUCAAAACUUCGAAGAGAAUUUGAAGUAUAUGGACCUAUAAAAAAGAUUGUCCUGAUCCAUAACAGUGUGAAUGGAAAACCAAGGGGGUAUGCUUUUAUAGAAUAUGAACACGAACGUGACAUGCAUUCUGCAUACAAACAUGCAGAUGGGAAGAAAAUUGACGGAAGACGGGUAUUAGUAGAUGUAGAAAGGGCUAGGACUGUAAAAGGAUGGUUACCUAGACGACUGGGUGGAGGCUUAGGUGGUACUAGAAGAGGAGGACCAGAGGUAAAUAUUAAACAUUCAGGUCGAGAAGAUAACGAGCGGGAAAGAGAAAGGUAUAGAUUAGAGAGAGAAAGAGAAGAAAGGGGUGGCGGUAGAGAACGUGACAGGGAUAGAGAAAGAAUAAGGGAACGAGAUGGUUUUGAAAGGCGCAGAUCCAGAUCGAGAGAGAGAAGGAGAAGAAGUAGGUCCCGGUCACCGAGGAGAGAAAAGAGAAGAAGAAGUAAAGAAAAGGAAAGGGUUAGGGAAGAAUUUGAAGAUGGCUUUGAGGGUCGUCCUAGAGAAAAGGAGAGAGAAAGGGAUAAGGACAAAGAAAGGAAGCGAAGACGAUCUAAAUCUAGAGACAGGGACCGAGAGGCACGGAAACGAGAAAGAAGAGAGAGAAGAGAAAGGGAAAGAGGUGAACGAAUUGAAUACAUUAAAACUGAUGAUGGAGGUGAAAUUAGAAUUAAAGAAGAACCUAUCGAUGAUUAUCCAGAGUAUCCUCAAUAUCCACCUGCAAACUAUGAUUCCAGUAAAGUUAAAUAUGAAGAUGAGGACGAACAGAAAUUUGAUCCUGAAAACACAAACGGAAGUCGUCAGUAUGAUGAAGAGUUUGAGGAAGGAGAAGCUUAUUAGCAUCUAUAUUUUGUGUAUAUAAUAAAUAUUAAUGCAUAUAUUUAAAUAAUUUAAGGUAUUUCUUCAUAGACGUAAUAGUGCAACAUUGUUUAACUUUAUAUAUGUAUCUCUUGAGGCUUCAGGUAAGGUAAUAUUAUUUAGAAACUUUGCGAUAUCGUCUUAAAAUUCUGUGAAGCAAAUUUUAUCUUAAAUGUAUUCUUUUUUUUUUUUCAUUAAAUCGGUAGACUAUGAA